AUGGAACGGGAACGUCAACUUCGGGAGGCCUACCGGCUGCUUUUACGCUACGGGUACCGAGCGUGCGAACGAACGCAUCCUCAUCGGACGAUACUGAGAAACUAUUUAAAGCAGAAAUUCCGCAAUGAGUCCCUGGAACCUCCGUCGGCGACCGCUUUGGCCAACACAGUCAACUUUGUCAAAGCUGCAGCUGAGUGGACUGGUUUGGAAAGGCGCUGUAUUGCCACCAUGAUUCAUGUUGAGCACAGUAAAUACGAGCAGUCAAAGACAAAGCGCAGCCAAGCAGCCAGGAAACGGGAUCAGUCACUACUCGACUUUAAUUCUGCAUUUUAUGAAUCUAUCAUUACAGGACUCAACAAGAGCAUGGAUCUAUGUCUAUAG